GAUAGAUGGGAGAGGCGCACUUCCGGGAUUUGUCGCUAGAUGGCGUAAGAAGGGAACGGCACGCACGAUCGGAGAGUCUCCUGCGAGCUGUGCCUGCUGUGUCACAUGGAAGCUCGGUAGCCCAGAGGACGCGACGCGAGGGGAGAUGAUGGCGGGGGCUUGAGGGACGUUGAAGGCGAACGCGCGUGGAAAUUCGGUUGCUUUUCCCAGGCGACCCUCACCCACCCCAAGCCCCACUUACCUUACCUGUACAUUAUUACCACCUGGCGGGGAAGGAAGAGGCGCGCUGUUACUGGGGCUCAGCGGGCAGCGCCAAAAACAAGAAGAAGGGGGAAAAAAGGGAUGCCAGAUGCAAUGCGGUGCAUUGGUGCUGCGUGAAGCCCCCACGGUGACGGAGGAACGGAUAGAAGCGCGCUGCGCCGCAUGCACGUUGAUCGAUUAUGCUGGUUGGGAGGCGGUUGCUGGUCCGACGAGCUGAACCCAAAGGACGGGCUCAUGGUGCCCCUCUCCAAACGUCGGAGCUGAAUCCCCGAGAGAGCGUGGCCCUUGCCUGUGUGCAUGAGCGUGAGGGCGAGAGUGUGAGUGUGAGCGCGCGUGAGAGAAAGUGAGCGCCAGCGCUCCCACAUGGCCUCCAUGCAGGACGGGCUGAACUUCACGACUCCUCCCUACGGCAAGGUCCUGCUGCUGGGCGCCAUCGCCGCUGCCUCGGCCUUCAUCGUCACCAUCCUCAUCGUGGUGCUUUGCGUGGGCUGCCAGAGGAAAGGAAAGACACACAAUGCGCCCAGUGAAGGUGGGAAACAUCGUCUCAUGGACAUGGGUAUACUCAGGCAGUCAAAGCUGCGGUCCAUCAGUAAAUCAGACACAGAGAUGAACAAGAUGAACUGCAAUGGCAAAAGCAGGCAGCUUCCCCAGAUUCCCUCUGGGACUGGAGAGGACGGAGAGCACACUUACUCUGAAGUGGGCCGAAGCUCCUCCGCCACGCGAACUGACGACGCGCUCUAUGCCAUGGUAGGCAGGGCCGGGCAGACAGACACUCCGGCCCCUCCGGCCGUCCCCGCCAACACUCCGGCACCGCCUGAUCCAGACGGGGACGUGGAAGGGGGCCUGCCUGAACCCGAAGCCCAGGUCGUGUCCACUUCUCACCCCCAAGAGACGGCGGAGUAUGCCUGCGUCAGGAAGCUGAGGAAGGUGGACAAAGCGCCCCAGAAGAGGGACAGUGGGACGGACACGGGGGAUCCGCCGGUGCCGCCUCCGCGACAUCCCCCACCUUCUCACCCCGCCCCUCCGCCGCCACAUCCUCACAGCACAAAGCUACCCCGCAGAAAUGUGGAUGCCUUUAACGUGCCCUCAUUCCCCAAGGAAGUGAUGUUUAUGGGAAAUGGAGAGCAGUACAUCUGGAAGCCUCCCGAGGAAGAAGAUGUCCUCAUACUCCACAAUAAGGCCCUGGCCCCGCUCGGGGCACACACCAUGGAGAACAUCCAACCUUCUGCUGCAGUGGUGGCUGAGAUGUACUCCAAGGUGUGUAAGCCAGCCAAGAAGAAACGAGCCGUACCUGGAUCUCCGCCGUCCAAUCCCGGCUUCAGGACCUUGGGUCGCCCCGACCGGGACCGAGAGCGUGAUGGGGGCUUUAGCGUAGUGGUCAAGCCCCAGACGUGGGCCCCCCAGGAGGGCAAAGUGCCCGCAGGCACCCUGGACGAGCACUGCUACGAGUCCUUCGGGACAGAGGAAUGCGAGCCGGCCUACGAGAACCUGGAAGGCGGAGGCGGUUGGAGACGAGAGCGAGCGCCCAACACGUGCGCCACCUUGCGGCCCAGGAGGAAGAAGGCACAGCAGCCUUUGCAACAGCAGCAACCGCCUCCUCCGCCGCCUACGCAGCACAACCCCAAGUUACAGCACCUGCCCGCCAAAGCCCUGCUGCUUCCCGGGGAGAGCUUGUACGAGAGCAUUGGCGACCUUAAGCAGGGCUCCGCCACCUCCAGCACCACCACCAUCUUCACCUUCAACGAUGGCAUGGAGAUGUAUGUCACGGGGCUCUGAGGAGGAGGCUGCCGUGGCGGAGCCAUUGCGACACGCCGCCGCCAGUCUUUCCCAACCUUUACUCAGCUAAGGCAUAGAUUUGACAUUGGGGGCUCUAUUUUCAUAGAUGGUACAGAUCGUGUGUUUUUUAGUACGUAGCAUCUAAAGUGAAAGAGAGGAGCCCCUUUGAUUGGCCACAAUCAAAGUGAUCGCUGUGAUCACUCUUACGGCGACAUAGACCUCCAUCUAUCAGAUAUGCCAGCCUGCUCUUGUUUCAUCAACCAACUUACCACCAUUAACACUUGGUCUCACCGCCGAGCAGGAUUUAUACCUUUCAUGAAACUAGAGCCCUAGAAAAAGUCUUAACACUAAACAAAAUGCCCAAAAAAGUAUGACACUGCUCACAAAAAGUUGGGGAUACCGUAGUCAGCUUUUGGAAAAGUCACUAUCAGCACCAGCCAUGAAUUUUGUGUAGCAAUUAUCCUCAUUAGGUUCCCAGGUGAGCUGGAGCUUGUCCUACCUGACUUGUGGGGGGAGGCAGAGUACAUCCCUGUCUGGUUGCUUGUCAAUCACAAGGCACAUAGCCAAAAACACAUUCACAUGUAUGGACUAUUUAGAGUACUGGUUUUUAACCUUGUUGGAGACCCUGAACCCAUUAAAUUGCAGACUUGCAUUUACCAAAACCUUCAUAAUAAGAAAAAUAAAAAGAGAUUUUUCUUUUCAAAUUUGUAAUUUAAGCACAGUGGACACAAACAUUUUUGCGAGUCACCAUUAUUUGGUUUCUUUUUUUGGACCCUAUGCCCCCUUGAUUUGUGAAAUCCCCUGAUUUUUUUCAGUAUUUUUCCAGAUCUCCCACAGUGCUGUUGCUGAGAUACCCAUUGAAGUGCUGAAAAUUUCUGGAGUUGGACACAUGCAUUCCAAAGUUCAGAGAAGGUCAAGUUAGGUUCACCUCAAAAAGUUAUCAUGCACUUUAGGUUAAUCCUGAAAUUUCACCAAUAUCCCAAACUUUUUGUGAUUAUCGUGUACUGAAUUAAUGAUGAUGUCAUCUCAAUUUACUCACUAAUCUGGUUCUGUUUAGGUGAACGUAAAGCCAAUAUUGUGUUGCAGGAAUUGCAACAGAUUAUUCGUACCUUCUACAUGUCACUAUAUGUGGCUGGCAUAGAGAGUGGCGAAAAAAAACCAUUAUUUGUGGCAUAUUAAGAUUUUCAGAGCGAUGAAAUGCAAUUGAAUCACUAAUGUGUUGUGGCAAAGAGGUUGAGAAUCACUGGCCAACACCACAAGUAAUGACGGCUGAGCCCCUCCCGUGCUCUAUCCCUCUCUUGGACAAACACACACACGCACACACACAUGCUGUUUACAUUAUGUCAUGCCUUUCCUGGGCUCCAGCGGCCUUAAAGUACUAAGGUUUAUAUGUUACGACCAAGUCUUAGUCCAAUCUGGAAAGCUUCGAAGGAAUCCAAAGGUUGUGAGCACAAAAGCAUUGCAGAGCAAUCAGUAGGUACCAGUAGCACUAGUUCAUCCAUAGACGACAAGUGUGCAAAGCACAAGGAAGAAAGCAAGCAAGCUAAAUUCUUCCUCAUUUCUAGCGGGUAAUAUUCCUUGAUCGGAAGAAGAAAGGAGAAAAAAAAAAAGCACAGCCUUGAGAAAUAUUUGGUAGCACUUUUGAGUGGGCCUUCCCCUCAAGUUGGUUAUGAUGUGAUUCAGGAUGCGGCUUCAAUUAUUCAAAGGAGUGAGUUACUUGUCAAAAUACUGGAAAGCUCAGGGACUAAGUGAAACAAUUAGGAGAGUAUUCUAACUUCCCGGGGAACCAAACCCGAGAUGUCAAAACUUGCUGUUAUAUUCCCAACAUGCAUAUCUUUUUUAGCAGUUGCUGUUUACAUAAAUCAACAAAGUAUUUAUCAAAAAGAAUGUUUAAAACAUUGCAUCCACUCGUUUAUGAUGGCUCUCAUUAUUAAGUCACGAGAUUGGAAAUUCGCCAGAAUAUGACAUGUGUUUGCCUUUUCCUGUCCGCUUUAUUUCACAAGAAAAAGAUAUGAAGUGUUCAGCAACGACAAGCUGCAUUUUCGAUUCCAUGAUAUGUACUACAAAACCUACGUCUUCAUCUACAUCGGUAGCAUCCGCAGUGAGGUUCAUGGCUGGCAAUGCACCGGUAUUUGUCAGAUUUACAACUUUAUUGUGCCACAGCCAUACUGAGGGAGUCUGUCACCACAGAAUGGAGGCAGAAUCCUGUUUGCCUCACCUCACGCUUUAUCUCUUGUCUUACGCCAUCAACAAAACUACAUAAAUUAUGUAACAACAAAUGUUAAAAUACAUGACUGACUGCCUGACUAUAUAAACUCAUCAGGCAUGUCGCAAGUCUGUGGCCGCUACAUGAUUUUGAAUGAUUACUUUGAUCACUCUCACAAUCUUUCAGCUCUCGCAGUUCAAUAUCUCACUGUGCGUCAACGGCAUUUCCGAUCUGAACCUGAAAAUGGUUCCGCCCAACAUGGCACCAGUCCUUGGUUAUGAGUUUCUCUAUCUAUGCUAACGAAAUAUUUUCCAGAGUACCAUGUUUUUACAAUUACUGGCACAAACAAAUAUUCUUGUUUAAAGGAUUUUGGGGUGUAGUUCACGCCAGCCAGUUGGUGGGUUGAGCCGAGAGACCGCGGAGUGAUCAGCUUGCUACUACCACGUUAUUCAAUUACAGUGUCGUUAAUUAGUGAUUUCUUAUCUUACUAAAUUAGCAAGUGAACAUGAAUUCAGGGUGGUGUUGUGUUGAUGUUGGCGAGCAAAAGAAUAUGAUGGCAAUAUAAGGCAUGGUAGCAACGUCUAUGAUGCGAGAACAGCAAGCAUCAUGGAUAAAGGGUUGUUACGGGUAACGAUCUGAUCUUGACUGAAUACAUGGAGAUUUUCAUACAAGAUGGGUGUGCAAACAAUUCAAGAACGUCCACUCCAAUGUUUGGGAUCUUGGAGCCCGAACAGGUCCAGGACACUCUAACCAACUUGGGGAAUUCUUACCUUAUGCCGAAAUAUCAGACUACCAGACAAGUUGGUCCCUCACAAUGACAGACUACUGCCAUCAAAUCCCGAUGUGUCUCGCGAUAUCAUUGUAUCCCGUCUUUUACAAUAAUUGGGUUAAUCUUGCCCAAUCAUGCUGUCAGGGGAGGCGGAACCGUAACAUGUGUCAAAGCUAGCAUAUAUAAUAACCAUUCCACAGCUACAAGAAAAACAACCAUGUUGACAAAGGCAAUUUAGAGACGUGAGACGGUAUUGCAGACAGUGACAGGAGGUGGCUUGUCGUUGCUGAAUAUUUGCCAACUCUGGAUGGCUUUCUUAGAAAAUAAAGGUGCAUCAUAAGCCGUAAAUGUAUACAUGUCACAUUCUCACAAAUUCACACUGUCAUGAGAGCGAACAGACCAAAAAAUGGCAUAGUUCGAAAGGAAGUAGAAGCGACGGUUGAAAUGAAAGGCAUUUGAUAAAGAAGAUAUGCAUAUUUAAAAUGUAACAAAAAAGUUUUGACAUCUUGUAUUAAGUUGCCCUUUAAAAACAACAAAUGGCACACUUUUUUUUUUUUGCAUUCCUCCUUAAAACUGGCACCAAGCAUUUUCAUCUCAGACCUGACUCUUCACUGCAUCAUGUCUGGCGUGACAUGAAUUGAACACUGUCUCCAAUGCUGUCUGUAAAUGAACUGUUUUACUUUGCUAAGCCUGUCCUGCACUUUGCCUGCUUCGAGUUGCAUGCUGAAAAAAAAGCAGGGGGAAUUAAAAAAAAUCAAAACACUGUCGAAUUGUACCUAUAUUAAUGUUUUUUUAAUUGUUGUUGGUUGUUUCUUUUUCCAGUGUGUUGCUUUAUUUUAUCUCUGUAGAACAAAAGGCCAGUUUCGAGUCCUUCUGCAACGCAAAGAGGACUGAACCGCUCGAGUCUUUAAAGGUGGACACGGCGCGCUAGCUGGACUCAUUCACCUCAUCCCGUCCCCUCCUUGUGCUCAUGUAGCGUCGGCUUGGGUUUUGCCAAAGCUGCCAUCUUGCUGCUGUGUUCAAUUCGCAUCUGGUCACUCCUCCAUCGAUGAACAUCCGCUCUCCUAUAUGUGUUCAAAUGUUUCAGAUAUAAGGCGGAGGGAGGUGGGGGUGGGGGGCGACAUACAUGAGACUACAUUCUGGACAAUGAUUCCAUUUGACCAAAUAUCCCCAGCAAAGCGUGUGAUUAUACUGUAUGUUGAUGCGAUGUGUAUGUACAUUACAAAAGAGAAAGAAUAAUAAAUAUAUCAUCAGUGUCAAGAAAUCUAUCUUUUUCUAUGAUGUUUAAUUGUGUUAUGGAAUGAGUAAUCUUGUGACACAAACAGCUGCAAUGUAAAAAAAAAAAAAAGGAUCCUGUGUGUUGCUUGUUUUUUCUUGAACCCGUGAAAGUCGGGCGACGCCCAUCCACCCCGACGGUUGGACGGACGGCCCCGCCCAUUUCAGUCAGUCAGUGUGGCGGCAGCUCAUGUUUUGUGUUUGCUCUUCAGACUACAGGGUCUUGUACUCCAGCAGCGUGUGACUCAAGUGCUAAGUGCAAAAGAUUGUAAUGUUUUAUAUCAAGAUUACUAUUCAUGAAAUGUCAGUCAAGUUUAUACUUUUGUAAUAAAGUGGCACUUUAAAAACAGA